UGCUCUUCUCCCUGGCAGACGGACACUGGAAACACUUAGCACACUGGCUCCCUGACACCCUUGUGAGCCAAGAACCUGAUCCUGAGAAAGAGUGGGAAACAGCAGUCACCAGAGGUGCAGGAGGCGUGGCUGCCCCGAGUCCAGCCAGGAUUCUCAGGAAAAUGGCACCCUCCAUCUCACGGGGGCUCCUGCUUCUGGCAGGCCUGUGUUGCCUGGCCCCCAGCUUCCUGGCUGAGGAUGCCCAAGAAACAGAUACCUCCCAGCAGGACCAGUGUCCAACCUACCGUAAGAUUUCUUCAAACCUGGCAGACUUUGCCUUCAGCCUAUACCGGGAGCUGGUCCAUCAAUCCAAUACGUCCAACAUCUUCUUCUCCCCUAUGAGCAUCACCACAGCCUUCGCUAUGCUCUCCCUGGGGAGCAAGGGUGACACUCGCACACAGAUUCUAGAGGGCCUGGAGUUCAACCUCACACAGAUACCUGAGGCUGACAUCCACAAGGCCUUCCAUCACCUCCUCCAAACUCUCAACAGGCCAGACAAUGAGCUGCAGCUGAACACAGGCAAUGGCCUCUUUGUCAACAAGAAUCUGAAGCUGGUGGAGAAGUUUCAGGAAGAGGUCAAGAACAAUUACCAUGCAGAAGCCUUCUCUGUCAACUUUGCCGACUCAGAAGAGGCUAAGAAAGCAAUUAAUGAUUAUGUAGAGAAGGGAACCCAAGGAAAGAUAGUUGAUUUGAUGAAACACGUGGACGAAGACACGGUUUUUGCCCUGGUGAAUUACAUUUUCUUUAAAGGCAAGUGGAAGAAGCCGUUCAAUCCUGAGCACACUAGGGAUGCUGACUUCCACGUAGACAAGUCCACCACGGUGAAGGUGCCCAUGAUGAACCGCCUGGGCAUGUUUGACAUGCACUAUUGCAGCACACUGUCCAGCUGGGUGCUGAUGAUGGAUUACCUGGGCAACGCCACUGCCAUCUUCCUCCUGCCCGAUGAUGGCAAGAUGCAGCAUCUGGAGCAAACUCUCACCAAGGAUCUCAUUUCCCGGUUCCUGCUACACAGGCAAACAAGGUCAGCCGUUCUCUACUUCCCCAAACUGUCCAUCUCUGGAACCUAUAACUUGAAGACACUCCUGAGCUCACUGGGCAUCACCCGGGUCUUCAACAAUGAAGCUGAUCUCUCUGGAAUCACAGAGGAUGCUCCCCUGAAGCUUAGCCAGGCUGUGCAUAAGGCUGUGCUGACCUUAGAUGAGAGGGGAACAGAGGCUGCAGGAGUCACUGUGGUGGAGGCCAUCCCCAUGUCUCUGCCCCCUCAAGUGAAGUUCGACCACCCUUUCAUUUUCAUGAUUGUUGAAUCAGAAACCCAGAGCCCCCUCUUUGUGGGAAAAGUGAUAGAUCCCACACGUUAAUCACUGUCUUCAGAAGUCACAUCCCUUCUGGAUCGGGUCCCCUUCCUAAUAAUAUUAAACUCAGGCUGGCCUGGCCUGAUGCUUCUGCAA